AUGGAUGGAUCCUUCGUUCUCUCUGCACCUCCUCCCCUCCCCCUCUCCCCUCUCCCCUCUUCUUCCCGUCAUGUACGUCCCCUCGGUGCUCCUCCUGGCCGCGAGCCUCCUGCAGGGCGCCUCUGCGCUGCCCCCCAUCCUGGGCUCGACCCCGAUCCCCCCAGCGAGGACCCGUGGUACUCAGCCCCCCGCGGCUUCGAGUCGGCCGCCCCCGGAGAGAUCCUGCGCAUCCGCGCGGCCCCCGGCAACCUCACCACCGUCGUGGGCAACGCCUCCGCCGCCUACAACAUCCUGUACCGCACCACCAACAGUCUGUACAAGCCCUCCGCCGCCGCCGCCGCCGCCAACGGCAGCAGCCUGCUCUCCUACCAGAUCGCCUACGACUCGUUCGACGUCAACGCCAGCCCCAGCUAUGCCAUGUACACCGACCCGUCCACGGACAUCGCCACCGCGCUGAAGCUGGGCUGGUUCGUCAACGUGCCCGACUUCGAGGGUCCCCUGGCCUCCUUCACCGCGGGUGUCGCGUCGGGCCAUGCCACGCUCGACUCGGUGCGUGCCGUGCUGUCGUCCGGCUUCGGGCUGGACGAGCACGCGCGGUACGCCCUCUGGGGCUACUCGGGCGGUGCCCUGGCCAGUGAAUGGGCCGCCGAGCUGCAGGGCCAGUAUGCCCCCGAGCUGACGUUCAGUGGCGCCGCCGUGGGCGGGCUCACCCCCAACAUCACCAACGUCAUGGACAGCGUCUCCGGCACCCUGAGCGCCGGGCUCGUCCCCGCCGCCAUCCUGGGCAUCUCGAGCCAGCACCCGGACACCUACGCCUACAUCGUCAGCCAGCUCAAGCCCAACGGCACCUACAACAGGGCCCGCUUCCUGGCCACCAAGGACCUGGACCUGGACGAGGCCGAGCUGUACUACCUCGAGCAGGACAUCUUCGACUACUUCGUCGACGGCUACGAGACCUUCUACAACCCCGUCGUGCAGAAGGCCCUGAACCAGGACGGCUACAUGGGCUACCACGGCGUGCCCCAGAUGCCCGUCUUCGCCUACAAGGCCAUCAACGACGAGGUCAGCCCCAUCGCCGACAGCGACCAGCUGAUCGCCCGCUACUGCGGCGUCGGCGUCAACAUCCUGUACGAGCGCAACACCGUCGGCGGCCACUCGGCCGAGGAGGUCAACUCGGACGCCCGCGCCUGGGCCUGGCUGACCAGCAUCUUCGACGGCACCUAUGCCUCCAAGUAUGCCACCUCCGGGUGCACCAUCCGCAACGUCACCCUGAACAUCACCUCCUCGCCCUUGUAAAGUAGGGGACCGGGGAUUGCUCUGUGACUCCGGUGGAUGCCACCGCAUGAUCUUUUGUACAGUACGAACGGCGAUGAAUAGCGAUGGACCCGAUCCGAAUGAUUAAUAUACCACGGGGAGAUAAUAUUAGAAAGAUAGCUAUUGCUUAAUCAACCAUAACUUCUCG